AUGCAAAGCUUAUUUGUUCAAGAAGAUUCAGAUGAUGAAAAGUUACAAGAAGAACUUUCAAGGCAAGAAGAAAAUAUUAAAAGUCAAAAGGAAAAUAUUAAUAGCACAGUGAAUGGAGAAGUUGAAGAAUACGAAAAGAUUCUUGAUGAUUUAAAUGCAAAUACGAUAACGUCUAAUGAAAAAGAUAUAGAUGAUGAAAAACCUUUAUAUCCAUUAAUACCUGCUGAUGAAAAUGAAUCAGAACAAAAUGUGCCAAAUAUCAAGGAUAUCAGACCUGUUAAUAUAAAUUUGACAUUGCCGUUGACUUAUCAACAGAAUAUCGUCGAGCAUGUAUUGAUAUCUGAGGAUCCUUUGGUGAUAAUGGGGAAAGGUUUGUGUAUGGCAAGUAUUGUGGCCAAUCUACUUUUCAUUUUAGUCACGCCGACAAAGAUUGGUAAUGUAUUGAAGAGAUCAUUAGUUUUGGUUCUAAAUGCUAGUCCAAAUGAUAAUAAACACAUUGAAGAAGAAUUGCAAGAGCUAUAUUGGCUUUCUCAAGAUGAGGACUUUGAAAUCAAUGAUGACUUGAAAGAAAAUCCUAGAUCGUUUAACGUUGUUACAGCGGAUUCCUUAAGCGUUGAUAAUAGGAGAAAGUUAUACCUAUCGGGAGGUAUAAUUAGUGUAACAUCAAGAAUUCUCAUAGCUGAUUUAUUAUCUGGUGUGAUUCACCCUAAUAGAAUAACUGGUCUUGUUGUACUGAACGUCGAAAAAAUACGACACCUUUCUAACGAAUCGUUUAUUGUUGAAAUCUAUCGAACAAAAAAUAAAUGGGGCUUCAUCAAAGCAUUCUCUGAAGUGCCUGAAUCAUUUGUCAUGGAAUUUUCCCCACUACUGAGAAAAUUAAAAGAUUUGAGACUUAAAAAUGUUCUUUUGUGGCCAAGAUUUCGUUUCGAAGUUUCGUCUUGUUUAAAUCCAAAAGAGGGUCAAUAUAAUAAAGGUAAAGUUAUAGAAAUUAAAAUAGAUAUGACUGAUUCGAUGUUGAAGAUUCAGUUUGGUUUAAUGGAAUGCCUUAAAAAAUGUAUCGCUGAAUUAAAUAGAAAGAAUCCGGAAUUAGCAAGAGAUUGGUGGAGCAUAGAAAACGCAUUAGAUAUCAAUUUUCAAAAGUCAAUUGAUUCGGUAAUGAUACCAAAUUGGCAUAGGAUAUCUUUUAUCUCCAAGCAAUUGAUUAAAGAUAUAAGAUUCCUACGAUAUUUAUUGAAAUACUUAGUAUCAGCUGACUGUGUAGAUUUUUAUGAGGAAAUACAAUUGAGUAUCGAAGCUAAUAAGCCAUCCAUAUCAAGGAAAUAUAGUGAGUCGCCUUGGUUAAUGGCUGAUGAAUCACAACUGGUGAUAUCACAUUCUAGAAAAAGGGUAUAUGAAGAUGAAAAAUACCAACUUGAGGAAUUGCCUAAAUGGGAUGCCUUGUUGAAUAUUUUAGCUGAUAUAGCAUUGGAGAGAUCAAUGAAGAACGUAACUGGACCAACGUUGAUUAUGUGUGCAGAUGGUAGCACAUCUGCCCAAUUGUCAACCAUAUUACGGAAUUCAGAUAGAAAAAGAGGUACACGAAAAAUGUUGGAACAGAAACUAAACAAGUAUAAAUUCAGAAAAGAAGAGAGGCAUACUUUGCUAAGAGAAGCAAACGAAAAAAUAAAAGGUAAUGACCAACAAAUUAAUGUAAGCACUGCCUUUGCAAAAGAAAAGGUUAUAACAAAACGUAGGAGAACUAGGGGAGCAGCUGCUGCAGCUGCUGUUGAUAAACUAAGAACUGCGGGAUCUGGUGAGGAUAUUGAUGGGAUUAUUGAUAAAUAUCAAACAAUAAAUAACGGCGCUAAUGAUGAUGAUCCCAUAGUGAUAGAAGAAUACAAAAUUGUAUCUGAUGAUGACAUGGUGGAAUAUGUAAAUAAAGAUAUUGAAUUUGCAUCUGAAAAAACUGAUCAGCAAGCAUGGAAUGUCCUUUUAAAGAAAUAUCAAUUUGUUAAUUCAUCAAAUGAAGUCAUUAUUCAAAAAUUCUCAGAUAUCGAAAAUGAUUCCCAAUUACAGGAAAUUAUGCCCUCUUAUAUUAUCAUGUAUGAACCGGAUUUGACUUUUAUUAGAAGAGUGGAAGUUUAUAAAGCUAUUAAUGCAGAAUUAUCGCCAAAUAUUUUUUUCAUGUACUAUGGAGAUAGUAUUGAAGAGCAAAGAUAUUUAACUCAGAUAAAAAAAGAAAAAGACGCCUUCACAAAACUAAUUAGGGAAAACGCAAAACUAGCUCAAAGCUUUGAAGCAGAUCUUGAUCUUUCUCAUUUGAAAAAUUUAGCUGAUAGAAAAUUGAAAAUGAAUAGAUUGAUAAACAGGAAUACUAGAAUAGCUGGAGGACAAGGAAAUGCACAGGUAUUUACUCAAGAUGUCGUUGUGGUGGACUCUCGCGAGUUUAAUGCCAGUCUGCCAGGAUUGUUAUUUAGAUACGGCGUACAUGUUAUACCAUGCAUGCUAACAGUAGGUGAUUAUAUACUUACUCCAGAUAUAUGUGUUGAAAGGAAAUCUAUUUCUGAUUUGAUAGGUUCUCUCCAAAAUAAUAGGUUAAGGUCACAGUGUAAAAAAAUGAGCAGAUAUUACAAGUUCCCAACAUUGUUAAUUGAAUUUGAUGAGGGUCAAUCAUUCUCAUUGGAACCCUUUAGCGAAAAGCGAAGUUAUAGAAGCAAAGAAAUGUCAACAGUUCACGAUAUUUCUAGCAAACUAUCUCAAGACGAAAUCCAAAUGAAAUUAGCCAAGCUUGUUAUUGAAUUUCCAGGUUUGAAAUUUAUUUGGUCUUCUUCCCCUUUACAAACUGUCAAUAUUAUUCUUGAAUUGAAACUAAAUAGAGAACAACCAGAUCCUAAUGUUGCAAUCAGUUUAGGUACUAACUUUAAAGGAAACAAAUCAGAAACUACAAACUCAAAUAAAAAAAUUGAUACAGAAGCUGAAUUUUCUAAACUUCUAUCAGUAGCAGGAAUAUCGAAGAUUGACUAUUUUUUGAUACGUAAAAAGGUUAAAAGUUACAGAAGGCUGAAAAAAAUGGCGUUACAAGAAUUAAUUGAUACUCUUGGCGAUGAAACUGUAGCCGAAACUCUGUUUGAGUAUUUUUUGAAGCAAGAGAUUACUGAGACUGAAAUUCUGAGUGAUGUAGAUAACUGA